GUUAUAUGUCUUCCAGUUAAACCACCUAAGCUCAUCUCAAAAUGCAAUCACAAACUCCGACGUUCUCGAUUCGUCCUUACCCGUUUCAAAGCUCCCACUCCCGUUGGCUCGCCGUCACGCACCGUGACCCCUCUUCCCAUUCCUCUUUUUUCUACGGCGUCAAAUCCACCAAGAUCUACUGCCGCCCGACCUGCUCUGCACGCCUUGCGCGAAGAGCCAAUGUCGUGUUUUACGACUCAGAAGACCAAGCGCGACGCGACGGCUUCCGGCCGUGUAAGAGGUGCAAGCCGGAUGAUACAACCUUCGUUGGAGAGGGGGAAGAGGUUGUUUCAAGGGUGAUAGGGCUUUUGCGGGUUAGGAAGGAUGGUUUACCGCUGAAGGGGGGCUUGAGCCACCUAGCAAAAGAGGCGGGAAUUACGCGGAGUUAUCUUUGCCGCGUGUUUAAAAAGAAAAUGGGGAUGACGAUAGGGGCGUACAUGAAGGAGUUUGAAAUGGAGGCAAGCGAGGGAGAGACAGAGAGCUCGAUCCAGUCUCCAUGUACAGAUGGAUCGGGUGUGGUGGGCGUGGAGACGGGACUCCUGACGCCAGCGACAACGGCAAGGAGCCCUUCAACGUCGGUGGAAGGUCGGGAGGAUAGGCCGGUGGAGAAGGAUGCGGGGGAUAUCGGAGAGGCUCUGGACUUGGACUUCGAUUUCGAUGAAUGGCUAUGGACUGAUCUGCUUGAAUGAUAGCAUCUGCGAAUGAACCAUCUAGGGCUGUUUGAUCUUGCCAAUGACAGCUUCAAAAAGCCGAGCGAAGUCAUUCCGGCGCAGUCGAUCACGGACCCGCAGCGUUCGCUGCCUUACUUUGAGUCUGGGAGUCAAGUAUAUGGACAUCAAACGGCUUCGUUAGCCAGAUUUCAGCUCGUCGUAACCUAAUUACUCAGCUUAUG